AUGAAGCUCCACACUACACUCCCCCUCCUUUCACUCUUUCUACUCGGCACAUCUGUUAUAUGUGCUCCUACACCAGAAGACAAUCGUGAAGGAGGCCAAGGGCGAGAGGGUAACGACCGCUGCAGGGGUCGAGGUUGUGAUGAUAAUGGGAAAGAUAUAGUAAUAACAACAACAGCCCCAGGUGGACUAGUUGUUACUAUGACGCUUCCAAUUGGUGACUUUUUUGGUGGUAGCCCGUCUGCUACUGGGGAUGCGGAGGGACUUGCCGAGACUGGUAAUGGCAGUGACGAUAACGGGGAUAAUGGCAGCAGUGAUAGGAAUGGAGGUGGAAAUAGUAACGGCAGUGAUGAUGAGAUUGAUUCCGAUAACAGUAACAGGGGAGGGAGUAGUGGGAGAGGAGGGCGUGGAAGAAAAGCGCUUUUCCUCUCACCCGCCAACGUGCAAUCCAACUCUGCCAAGACUGGUCAGGAAGAAACCUCCGACCCCACCCAGGCCGACUCACUCACCGACUCUGCGAACUUUAUAAACUUCUGCACAGACAAAACACUCACAAACGGCCAGCAGAUCAAAUCCGGCUCCUGUAAUGGAAUCCCCAUGGGCGACAUUCCCUCUACGGCUAACAUGGUCUCCACAAUCAUCAUAUCUCCCGGCCCCGGCGAAGACAUCCCCGCUGAGACGUCAUUCGAUAUCGAGAUCCAAGUUCUUAACCUCGUUGCCGGAAGCUUCACCAACCCAGCAUCAACCUACUAUUCAGCACCGCAAACACUCAAGGACGGCAAAAUAGUAGGUCACACCCACGUCGUCAUCCAACGCCUCAGCUCCCUCAACCCAAGCACACCACCAGACCCAGCAGCGUUUGAGUUCUUCAAGGGCAUCAAUGACGCCGGUGAUGGUAGCGGCGGGCUGAAGGCCACGGUGUCCGCGGGCCUGGAAAAGGGUUUCUAUAGGGUUUGUACGAUGAGCUCGGCGGCGAAUCAUCAGCCUGUCUUGAUGCCGGUUGCGCAGAGGGGUGCGCAGGAUGAUUGUCAGAGGUUCUCGGUGGGGAAGAAGGGGUAG